UGCAAAUCAACUAGUAAGUAACCAAACGUGAACCAACCCUUUCCAAAGAAGUGAAAAACAAGUUCCUUGUUGUCUCCCAUCAUCAGUUUCAAACUUAACACAUGCACCAUGGGGGGAGAGAGAGAGAGAGGAAGUACUUAGAAGACCAUAUAUAUGUGUAUAACUACAUAUACAUAUACAUAUACAUAUAUAACAAGUGUUAUAUAUAUUGAGCUUGUUCUUGUUGAUAGUUGAAGUUGUGAUAUAUAUAUGUGUGUGUAUAUAUAUAGAAGAAUGAGAAGGAAUAAUGAAAAGUAUAUGAAUAAGUACUUUAUGGAACCUGGAUGGCAGCCACUGAAGAAAAGAAUCGCCACGACUAGUGUCAUUUCUUUUCUCUUCUUCCUCUUCGUUGGCAUCUUAGUCUAUGCUUGCUGGAUUGAUCUUUCUAUAAAUUCAGGUCAUUCCUUUCCAUCAUUCAAGAGAACACCAAACACACUUGAAUUCCCUUUGGACUGCAGUGCAUGGAACCAAACACGGACGUGCCCAAAAAACUAUCCAACCAAAUCCAAACCCAUCAUCAAACCUGACCGUUCAUCGAACGCCACGUGCCCCGAUUACUUCCGUUGGAUUCAUGAAGAUCUACGGCCAUGGAAGGGGACGGGAAUCACGAGGGACAUGGUGGAGGGAGCAAGUAAGACCGCUCACUUCAGAUUGGUGAUCCUCAGCGGGAAGGUCUACAUAGAGAAGUUUAGGAAGUCAAUUCAGACUAGAGAUUUGUUUACCCUGUGGGGGAUUGUACAGCUGUUAAGGUGGUACCCUGGAAGAUUGCCAGAUUUGGAGAUGAUGUUUGACUGCGAUGAUCGGCCUGUCGUCCGAUCCAAGGACUUUCGGAGACCCAACUCGGGCCCACCACCGUUGUUCCGGUACUGUUCCGAUGAAUGGAAUUUGGAUAUUGUGUUCCCGGAUUGGUCAUUUUGGGGCUGGGCUGAGACAAACAUAAAGCCAUGGAGGAGUGUGUUAGAGGACAUAAAAGUUGGGAACAAGAAAACGAAGUGGAAGGAUAGGGUACCCUUGGCUUAUUGGAAGGGUAACCCACAUGUAGCUCCGACAAGGGCUGACCUUAUGAAGUGCAAUGUCACUGAUAAAGAUGACUGGAACACUCUUCUAUAUGUCCAAGAUUGGGUGAAAGAAUCCAAGGUAGGAUACAAGCAAUCAAAUCUAGGUGACCAGUGUACCCACAGAUAUAAGAUAUAUAUAGAAGGAUGGGCAUGGUCUGUAAGUGAAAAAUACAUUUUAGCAUGCAACUCCCCAACCUUGCUGGUAACUCCACGUUUCACCGAUUUCUUCACAAGAGGCAUGGUACCAUUGCAACAUUAUUGGCCCAUUAGGGACAACAAUAAGUGUAAAUCUCUCAAGUUUGCCGUUGAAUGGGGCAACAAUCACACCCAAAAGGCACAAGCUAUUGGAGAGGCAGCGAGCAGAUACAUUCAAGAGGAUCUAAAGAUGGAUUAUGUGUAUGAUUACAUGUUUCAUUUGUUGAAUGAAUAUGCAAAGCUCAUCAAGUUCAAGCCAACUAUACCUCCAAUGGGGAUUCAGCUGUGCCCCGAAAGAAUGGCGUGCGGCGCAGACGGUAACUGGAAGAAGUUCAUGGUGGAAUCAGUGGUGAAGUCUCCUUCUGAUGCAGUCCCAUGCACUAUGCCUCCACCAUAUGAUCCUCAGUCCUUCAAAGCCUUCCUUGAUGAGAAAGGUAAAUCAACUAAGCAAGUGGAGUUGUGGGAAAAUGAGUACUGGGACCAAAGAAUCAAGAAGGAUUAAAAUGAAGUUUCUAAUCUGUAUUUUUUUAAGUUAGGUUGAUGCUUGACAUCUAAUGACUUUAGAGACUCGUUGAAAAAACACAUACCUUUAUAAACCAAGUGUUUUAUCAGAAGGUAAGGGCUAUAUAUUCUCAUGCUGUCCAUGAUCUUCACAAACUUACCUACACUCAGAGACUGUAAUUGUCCAGUUGAAAAUAAAAGUUUACCAUCAGUUGAACUGUCUACAG